CGCCAAGAAGACAGUCACAUCUGUACCUGCAGCUCUCAUCACACCUUCUUUCUGCACCACCACCAGCACCAGCAGCACCAUCCGGGCAUCCACCGGAACCCUCGCCGGAAACAAGCGUGUCAUGGCCCGCGUGGAGGGAGAAGGGAUGCCAGAGACAACCGUCGGAGUCGGAGUGAUGCUGAGCCGGCGGAGGAGCAAAGGCAGGCGGAGAAAGCGAAAGGAGUUGUUCGCUGUCCAGAUGUGCUUUACGGGCUUUCUACUGGGACUCGUCGCCGGGCUCCAGAAGGUUACACAACACGGAGCAAACCAUGUUUCCAUUUCCACAAAGCUGGAGGAGACCAGGUGGGACAGUCGUCACCUUCUCCAAGAUUUUUAUGACAACCAGUCCAAGCCGUUCUCAGAGAUUGACAAAAACUGCACCGAACCAGCUAUCCACGAGUUCCCCAGAGAUUACUUCACCAACCAGGAGCGCAUGGAUGGAGCCGUGGGCUUCCAUGUCCUCUGUGCGGUCUACAUGUUCUACGCGCUGGCCUUAGUGUGCGAUGAUUACUUCGUUCCCUCCCUCGACAAGAUAUGUGAGCGACUUCAGCUGAGUGAGGAUGUUGCAGGGGCGACCUUCAUGGCAGCGGGCAGUUCAGCUCCUGAACUCUUCACCUCGGUCAUAGGAGUGUUCAUUACGAAAGGAGAUGUCGGGGUUGGCACCAUUGUCGGCUCGGCUGUCUUCAAUAUCCUGGUUAUUAUUGGAGUAUGCGGGAUAUUUGCUGUGCAGACGAUCCAUCUGUCCUGCUGGCCACUGCUCAGAGAUUCUGUCUACUACACCCUCUCUAUCUCCGCUCUUAUUGUGUUCAUCUAUGAUGAAAAAGUUGUUUGGUGGGAAGCUCUCACGUUAAUUCUGAUGUAUUUCGUCUAUAUUUUGAUCAUGAAACUGAACUCCCAUGUCGUUCGUUUUCUGGAGAGGAAGAAGAAAUACUCAUCCAGUGUAAGGAAUGGAGCGGCUAAUGGCGAACUGGACGAUGGCUCGGAUGCGACUGCCGUCCUGUUGAAGAAUGCAAACCACCACAGGAAGACGUCAGUGCUGAUGGUUGACGAGUUGCUGUCAGCAUACCCCCACCAACUGUCUUUCUCAGAGGCUGGCAUGAGAAUUAUGAUCACCAGCCACUUCUCCCCCAGAACUCGCCUGACCAUGGCCUCCAGAAUGCUCAUCACUGAGAGGCAGCGUCUAAUCAACACCCGGACUUUGACCAAUGGGGACUCAGAUGUUCCGGUGAAAGGAGGGGACAGGCGUGCCACGGAAAACGGGCUGGCUGGGGUCGAGAGGGGUGCUGGCGUGCGAGAUCACGAGACGGGCAACGAUACGGAGAACGAAGACAACGAGAACAACGAGAAUGACGAAGAGGAGGAGGAAGAGGAUGGAGAAGGGCCGUUUGUGCCCUUCAAGUGUCCAGGCGGUGUGUUUAACAAACUAAAGUGGCUACUCGCCUGGCCUCUGUGUCUACUGCUCUACUUCACCGUGCCCAACUGCGCCACACCUCGCUGGGAGAACUGGUUCAUGCUGUCCUUCGUUUUUUCUACCCUGUGGAUUGCUGCCUUUUCCUACAUCAUGGUGUGGAUGGUUACAGUGAUUGGCUUCACUCUCGGCAUCCCGGAUGUCAUCAUGGGCAUCACCUUCCUGGCAGCGGGUACCAGCGUCCCUGAUUGUAUGGCCAGCCUCAUCGUGGCUAGACAAGGAAUGGGUGACAUGGCAGUGUCCAACUCCAUCGGCAGUAACGUCUUUGACAUCCUGGUGGGCCUUGGCCUCCCCUGGGCCCUGAAGACCCUCGCUAUUAACUACGGCUCUGAUAUCAAAUUAAACAGCAAAGGUUUGAUUUUUUCCGUCGGGCUUCUGUUGGCUUCCGUGUUCCUGACGGUCAUGGGGGUUCACCUCAACAAAUGGACGCUGGACAAACGUCUCGGUUUCACGUGUCUUCUUUUCUACUCGGUCUUCUUGUGCUUCUCCUGCCUCAUUGAGUACAAUAUCUUCAUAUUUGUCAACCUGCCAACCUGCAGGGAUGACUGACGCACACGCACACAAACACACACACACACACACACUGAGAUACACGCACACACUUGAAGGUGAAAGGUUUUUUUGUCUGACACCAGGAUGUAAUUACCAGGAAGAAUUAUGUGCAAAUACUUACCCACUUUUAUCAUGUUUUAUUGUAUUUAUGUAGUAGGACUACAUUACUACUAGGAAUCAGUGCAAUACGAAGCUUCACUGGUCUGUGUUAGCUCAUACGAGGAGGACUAACUGGACUGCCAAUGGACGCCAGGAGCGACAACCCCCACAUGUUUUUGCUGUGGGGGACUUUUAUUUUGAAACGUUGACUGGCCGCUACAUUUCCCUGCUUGGAAGCGCGGGUGUUUACGUCUACAAGUCACAAUACCGCAUUGACCCCAAUAUAAGACCAUAUUUGUUUUCCCGCCACCACUAAUAGAUUGCAGUCCUGUGGGACACAUGCACUUAAAAUAAACAUUAAUGAUUUUUAAAAAAGUAAGCUUUUGGAAGUAAGCUUACCUGACCGGCAGCCAUUUUGGAGAAAUCCGGGCAUCGUUAUAUGACCACCACUCCAAAAUGUCAUAUAUUGUGGUUUUAUACUCAGGUCAAUGCUGUCAUUAUAUGUGAUCGGUGAGUAGAAGAGUGCGGUUUAGCACUCACCUGUUAAAAAUGUAUUGUGUAAUGUAAUGUGUUAAGGGACACAUAUUUGACAGUAUAUAUUAUACAUACAAAUAUAAAUUUUUAGAUUGAAUAAUGCAUCUUAAGGCUGUAUUAACACUGCAGGUUUUGAUUCCCAAUUCAGAUUUUUUUUUUUAAAUCUGAUCUUUUUUGUGUAGUCGUUUACGUUACAAAAAAUAAUGUGACGCCUACUAUGAUCAGAAUGGUUCCGUGACGUGUCACUAAUGUAAACAUGGCUACAAUUCGAUUGUGGCACUUUCAAGGGUUUUUGCGUGGAUAUUGUAAGGAUGAGGGCAAAGAUUUCCUAUCUGUCAAUUUUUUGUGGUUAGGUCUGAGCGUAAGCGACCUGUUUAGUCACUGCUUCCCUUUGCACCCGGUUUUCUGAAGUUGGGAAUGGAAGUGUCUGACAUUUUACACAAACAGUGUUAAUUUAGUUGGCUAAAAAUGUUUGUCUUAGUUAUCGUCAUUUGGGUUAAUUUUGGCAGCAGUUUUAAUUUAGUUAAAAAGGAACUGCACUUCUGUGGGAAUUUUGCCUUUCGUUCACAAUCAUGGAUGUUUAGUUUUUUUUAUGCAUUCGAGCCCGUAUAUAAAAGUCUGCUAACAAUGGAGACUAUGGGAGACGCGCAACUACGCCUGCAAAACCUUUGAAAAAACAUCCAAACACCUCCAUUGAAGUUUUAUAUACAUCAGGGGUCACCAACGCGGUGCCCAUGGGCACCAGGUAGCCCGUAAGGACCAGAUGAGUAGCCCGCUGGCCUGUUCUAGAAAUAGCUCAAAUAGCAGCACUUACCAGUGAGCUGCCUCUAUUUUUUAAUUUUAUUUAUUUACUAGCAAGCUGGUCUCGCUUUGCUUGACAUUUUUAAUUCUAAGAGAGACAAAACUCAAAUAGAAUUUGAAAAUCCAAGAAAAUAUUUUAAAGACUUGGUCUUCACUUGUUUAAAUAAAUUAUUAUUUUUUUUUUUUACUUUGCUUCUUAUAACUUUCAGAAAGACAAUUUUAGAGAAAAAAUACAACCUUAAAAUGAUUUUAGGACAUAUAGCUUUUUACCUUUUAAAUUCCUUCCUCUUCUUUCCUGACAAUUUAAAUCAAUGUUCAAGUAUUUUUUUAAUUUUUUUAUUGUAAAGAAUAAUAAAUACAUUUUAAUUUAAUUCUUCAUUUUAGCUUCUGUUUUUUUGACGAAGAAUAUUUGUGGAAUAUUUCUUCAAACUUAUGAUUAAAAUUCCAAACAAUUAUUCCGGAAAAUCUAGAAAAUCUGUAGAAUGUCAUCAUAAUUCUAAAAUUAAUCUUAAUCCGGAAAAAUUACUAAUGAUGUUCCAUAAAUUAUUUUUUUAAUUUUUUCCAAAAGAUUCAAAUUAGCUAGUUUUUUUCUUCUUUUUUUCGCUAAAUUUUGAAUUUUAAAGAGUCAAGAUUGAAGAUAAACUGUUUCUCAAAAUUUAAUUUUCAUUUUUUUGUGUUUUCUCCUCUUUUAAACCGUUCAAUUAAGUGUUUUUUUUUCAUUAUUUAUUCCCUACAAAAAACCUUCCGUAAGAGGAAAAAUAAAUGUUCGACAGAAUGACAGAAAGCAAUACCCAUUUUUUUUAUAUAUAUAGAUUUAUUUAUUAAGGGUAAAUUGGCUAAUUCUGGCAAUUUAUUUAAGUGUGUAUCAAACUGGUAGCCCUUCACAUUAAUCAGUACCCAAGAAGUAGCUCUUGGUUUCAAAAAGGUUGGUGACCCCUGAUAUACAUGAUGUAAGUAUUUAGGUAAUGUAGUAACGGGUAUAUUUAUACGAACAUUUAAUAUUCACGCAUUUUGAUCAUUUUAAGCAUUAAUUUCCAAAACUCAUCACAAUGUUUUUACGACGAUUACUGACUGCAGAUUUUAUGAGAGCCAACAAACAUAAUAGAACAUCAAAAACUGUACAAGGUCUGCUGUCAUUAGGAUGCCGACUGCUGGGAUGUUCAUAUAUUCCCAUUUGGAUGAGGAAUGUCUCAUAAUCCUCAUGAAAAAGCGGGGUUGGGGGACCAAGCGUCUUUUUAUGUUGUUUUACCCAUGUCUUACCAGUGUCUUACAUGGCUGUAAAAGUGUACCAACUUGUUGAAAUACCUACUCAGACUUUUAAUGUCCAGGUGAGAUGCAAGAUUUAUGCACUAGAAUACAUUUACAGUGAGCAAGAAAGCUAGGAAGCAGCAGACCACUGGAUGAUGUAAACAUAGGGAGACACGGUAGUGAUCACGACGCCGCUAUAAAUAGUUUGUCUGCGUUAGCGCUUAUAAUAACAAUAUCACUAAUACUUGGUUGAUAUUCAAGUCAUGAAAUGUAAAUGGAGUAUUGUUGGCGCUUUUUCAAUGGCUUUUUAUUGGAUUUUAUGGGCGAAAUACUGAAGCUCCCAUUUUUUUAAAAAGUGCAGUUAACCUAUAAAGCAGUGGUUCUUAACCUUGUUUGAGGUACCGAACCCCACCAGUUUCAUAUGCACAUUCACCAAACUCUUCUUUAGUGAAAAAUAAAAUGUUUUUUAAAUUCAAGACAAAGUUAUAUGUUUUUGGGAACACUUUAGUAUGGGUAACAUAUUCUAAGUAACAAAGACUUAAUUUAGAGUUAUUUGAACACUAGGGGAACAUAUUCUAAGUAAUAAAGACUUAAUUUAGAGUUAUUUGGUUAGGGUUGCCAAAUAAGGCAUUAAUAAGUACUUAAUAAUGCUUAGUUAAGAGUCAAUAUGUUACUAAUUUUUAUGUUAAUAAGGAACUGAUUAACGGUGAAUAAGUUCCCAAUACUAAAGUGUUACCAUGUUUUUUUUUUUUACUGGUGCACAAAAUUAACCGUGCAUGAACAUCACCUUGUUCAAACAAUAAAACUAAGACAGUGCAUAACCUCACAACAAAUGACACACCUGCAAAUCAGUCAGCUGUUGCCGUAUCCGUAAUACGCCGAUAGGGAGAAGUUUGUAUUAACACGAUGAUUCGGGUGUGUUUUGACCUCCGCCGAACCCCUGAGGCCGACUCACCGAACCCCUAGGUUUCGAUUGAACCCAGGUUAAGAACCACUGCUCUAGAGUCACAGUCUUUUAAAGAAAAUGUAUUUUGGUUUGUAAUAGUUUAGUCAUCCAAAUUGAUUUAGUUUCAGUCUACUUUUAGUCAACUAAAUUCGUCAACAUUUUAGUCGACUAAAAUGUAAAAAGUACAAAGAUAACAAGUCUUUGAAGUUGUCUUGAAACCACGUUUAGCAAGGUGGUUGUGGAGCAUCUCAAUAAGUAAACUCAUAGCAAGAACUGCUUUAGUCAGAAGAAAAUAGAGCAGCUCAAUAAAUGGGAUGGUGUCAGUGACGCUGCUUCUUCGUCCACCAUUUGUUUUCACGCUUUAUUUAUUUGUUUGUUUUUCGAUGACGAAUGCGUCGGCCGAGCGCGACCCAAACAAACCCGACCCAAACAUUCCGAUCCAUCCGAUAAAUAUCGAAUUCAUUAUUUAUUAUCAGAUUUGCAAAAAAAAUCGUAAUCGAUAUGAAAUGAUCUGAUACAUGGGCGCAUAAUAUCGGAAUUGACCUGCAGUGUGAACUUAGCCUCCUAACAACACAUUUCACUAUGAAGGGUGAUUCCACUAAAUCCAAACGGCAUUAUUAAUUAUUAUUAUUAUUUGUGUGACGCUGCUGUUCCUAUGUUUUGUAUUUGAAUGAAUUUAUUGGCUUUUUGGGGGCUUUCUGUCCACUUUUGUAAAUAUUUUCUGUAAAUAGCCCUGGAUGGCUCCUGUGUCAUUUAUAAAUGUCAAAGGCACAUUUCUGUCUGAUUCUAGCCUCGCUGGAAUCUACUCUUUAAGGCAGUAACUUUACAGAUGCUGUUUUGAUUUAGAUUUCCCCGUGUGUUGGUGUUAGAAUAGGUAAAAAAUAAAAAUAAAAAGCAACCUUGCACUGAAGGGUCUACUGUAGCUUUAGACCAGGGGUGUCCAAACUUUUUGACUGGAGGUAAAAUCAUUUGAGCAGGUUGUGUUGACUUUUUGGAGUUGGUUGAAUUGUUAUUUUUUUCCCACACCAUGACUAGGAAAGGUUGUUUGGAUUGGGUUGUAUCAGUUAAAGCUGUGCUUGUGAUCCUAAGAAUGUAAACACCAUGGUCACUGACUUAAGUUUGUCAUGUCGUCUACAAGAUUGUGCCAUUUUGCCACCUGUCAGACCCCUGGGGGUUUAAAUAUAAUGAGAAAGCACAGCCAUGUUAGCUUAUUUGAAAUUUAACUUGUGCCGUCGUCUCGCGAGCCAAACUGAGGAUGCCGGCCGGCCGGGGUUUGGACACUCCUGCUGUGGAGGAAAGCGGUGACUCUUUACUAAGAAGCGCGCUGAUCAUAAGGACGUGGUUCCUUGUAAGAUGGAGUGCUUUUGAUGUCGAAGAUGCUCAGCAAACAGAAGACGUCUUUGGUGGACACAUGUCCUGGCUUCAAGAUGAAAUACGACAUUUGUCCUACGGUAGCUGGAAUUCUUUGUAUUUUGUAUGGCCUGUAGAUUUGUCCAGACUUGGUAGGUUUGUGCUACAUGAAUAUUUGUACUGGUUUUUAGAGCAUGAACAAAACAGUUCCUGUGGAUUUGAUCUCCAUUAAGAGCGACAGAAUUUACGCCUCAAGGACUCUGACACAGUAUCCGUCUGCUUUUGCAACUUUAAAAUGCAUGUUAUAUUAUUUUCCCUACAUUGUUUUCUAUGAUAUGAUUAUUAGACCAUCUUUUUUACUUUUGAAAGUACUUUUUUCUGUUUUAAUGAAUACAUGUUGGAGGAAAUCAGUGUUAAAUAUAAUGCAAUAACCAUGAUCAUGCCAAAAUGUAAAUAUAAUACUUCAAAGAACCAAGUGAAACAGUUCAAACAGGCUGAAGUGAUAAUAAUAGAAUAUUACGUAUUGAAACAGGACCAAAACACAUACUUUUAUUUUGAAGCGCAACAUUAUGUCUCUUUGUUUUCAUCCUCUAUUUAUACCAGAAACAUCUGCUGUUGCUCACAGAUGUUAGCGAUUGUCAGAAACGUGUCAGACUGUUUCCCAUUCGCACCAAUAAUCUCCCCGAAUGUGAGAAAUUAUUAUUAUUAUUUUUAUGACUAACAAUACAGUUGUCUCUAAAGUCUUGACAAACGCACAAAUAUUACACAUUACACAAAAAAUAUAUUUAACAUUUUUAUUUAAUCUAAAAAAAUAUAUGUAAAAAUGAUGGAUACAUGAAUAUUAAAUAUAUUAAUUCAACAUAUUUUAUUUUUAUGAAUUACUUUUCAAAAUCUUCAAUUGGAUUUUUUUUUGUAAAUGUACAGUAUAUUAAAUGAUUGCAAUUGAAUUCACAUAAUUAUUUAAUAUAUUUGAUUUGUGAAUCUUCAACAACUCACAAUGCAAUUCGAUUUUAAUUCUCAGGGUGACAAUUCAAUUACGAAUUUAUUCCCGAUUCAGACUAAUUUUGCAAUACACUGUUUUGUAAAUAAGACCUUUUCAAAGCUGCUUUUGGCUGCUAACAUAUGACAAACGUGCAGUGAAUGGAGCGGAAAUGGCCCAAAAGAACGUAUUUUUAGGAAUGUAUUCUUGCAAAUGUUUUAUUUAUUCAGACUCAUAAUAGGUAAAUUUGCAAUUCGGAUGUCAAAUUAUUUUUUUAGCUCUACAAUUUAUUUUUAGCUAAAUAAACUAGUGUUGUACAGAGUGUGUGUAUUAGCAGUGUAUAUGAUAUGUCCAGACUUUAGGGACAUUUUGUGUAUUGUUGAUCAAAACUAACCAAUCAGGUUUGAUUGAUCUUUGACAAUAAGGGAUUCUUUUGGAUUGCUGUUGAGCAGAAGACGAAUGAUGAGAAUGUUCCACUCUUCUGACUGUUUUGUUGCUAAUGUUCACGUUAUUAACAUAAAUUUCACUCUUUUAUAGCAAAACAUGAUAAUGCUCAUCAUUCCAUUUUCCCAGGAAAUAGAUCAUCAUUUGCAUAAUUUUUUCUAUUAAAGGAAUCCAAGUUGCAUGUUUGCAACUUUGUAUGUAGUAGAGAACUGUGAACCACUACUUUUACAUUCUUUGUGUGAUUACCUGUUGAAAUUCAAAACAACAACCUGGAAAGACCAUUUUUUAAUUAGGGAUGGGCAUAAUAACCAAUUCUUCCAUGGCAUCAAGUAUUCUUUAAGUAGUAUUGUCAAAUGAUUCAUUUUUUUAAUCAGAUUACCCACACUCAUGGAUUUGAAUCAAUUAUUACUCACUUGCAUAAUUUAGAUCAAUUUGAAAAACAAAAUAUAUAUAUAUAUUUUUUUUUAAUGACAAAAAUAAGAUUUUAUUGUCAGAAAGGAGCAUGUACAUUCAAUAUUAAUUGCAAGAUUAAUCUGCAUAUAUACAUAAUGUGAUUAUUUUUGUGAUUAAUCACAGGAGUUAAGUCGUUAUUUUUGACAGCCUCAGUUUUAAGGCUCAGUAUGUGAACGGGGGAUUGUGAUGUAUAAUGUAAAGCACUUUAGGUGUCAUUCCAGGUAUAGUAAAGCGCUAUAUAAAUAUAGAGCAAUUACCAUUCACCAUUUAAGGUUAAAUUUAGAAUUAUGAUUAAGAUUAUUUUUCAGGAUUGGAUUAAGGAUUCGGAAUAAAGUUAAGGUAGGAUUGUAACAAUAUGAAUUGUUCAUAUUAUUGUGUUCAAAAAGUACUUGCACACACACACACAGAUUAGCCCAAAAAGCGCUUAGCGCACUAGCUUGUUUCUCCAGGAAAUGAGCAGUAUCACCGUCUGCGAGUUUAUCACAGUGCGGUUAUGUAUCAUGGUUUUAUGAUAAUUUUUAGUGAUGCAAAUCUUACUACAAAUCAUCAUUGAAUUACAUUCCAAUUUUCGGGGUGAUGAUUUGAGUCCUAAGAUUCUUGCUUGAACAUGAUUUUCAAUUCAAAGCUACACUUGCAAUACAUUCAUUAUUUUAUAUAUAUA